AUGUCCGGAGGUUUACCUACUCCAGUUAGAAGCCCUGAGAGCGACGUCUCUCCCAGAUCACAACCAAGUUCUAAGAAGACGGAUUACUUCUCUCUCGACAAGAGAACGAGCCCACUCUCCCGUUCCAGCUCGGCGCGAGAUAGCGCAAAGAGCACCCCUCGUACAAGCUUAGUGCAACCGGCCGCUACCGAAUCCAAGGGCAAGGGGAAGGAGACAGCUGAAAGCACGGGAGACGCGAGCGCAACGACUCCGGGCGAGACGGCCUCUAGUACGGGGAGUAGUGGUCCUCCAUCUAGGAAGGCGUCUAUCUCGUCUAUAUCCUUUGCACCCCCUCGACACCCCUCGCUUCCUCAAGGACUAAAGAAACCGCAUGCUGGAAAUCGAAUUCGGGCAGCGUCUCCGCCACACCAUGUAUAUUUUGCUCCAUUUACGUCGAGAUUCUUCGAAUGCAAGGACGGCCAAGAAGCUGCUACAUCAUUAGCACCUAAGGUUAAGGGCUGUUCGGACGAGGGUGCUGGCGCGAUCGCACUUCUUGGCGGAAACUCUUUUGCGACCGAAGAGCAAAUUUAG